GCCAAACGCAUCCUUGUCUCAAUACUGAAAGUCCUAGGGUAUCGCGUUGUUCUUUUGUCUCUACGCGCACGACUGGAACAACCCACCGCAAUGCAACUCAUCUCACUUGCGCAUUACCGGGUUUCUCAGUACGUUGCCAGGUAUAUGGCGAUUGAUGCAAUGUCUGCGUCGUUACAAAGACACCGGAAAUAAGUUCCCUCAUUUACUUAACGGCGGAAAGUACAUGGCGACUAUCCUGUUCUAUGCCUCCAUCAGCAUCUACCGCAUGGAUCAGAAGACGUCCACCAAGGCAGUCUUCAUACUUUUUGCAACCAUCAACGGCAUCUACACGAGCUUUUGGGACAUUUACUACGACUGGAGUCUCGGUGACCCGCAUGCCAAGCACCCAUUCUUGCGGAAGGAACUCGGAUACAAAAAGGUGUGGUGGUACUACACUGCCAUGUGCAUUGAUCCAAUCCUGCGAUUCAACUGGGUGAUGUAUACUGUUACACCUCUGCAAUUACAACACUCGGCUGUCACCUCUUUCUGUGUCUCGCUCAGUGAGAUCUUCAGGAGAGGCAUGUGGUCCAUCUUCCGUGUCGAGAACGAGCACUGCACGAACGUUGGUCGAUUCCGGGCAAGCAGGGAUGUACCACUGCCAUACUAUGUACCCAUGGAUGCUGAGGUAGAGGAAGACCACACCUCGGGCAUUCCGCGCGGGCCUACACAGAUUGACGAGGAACAGCCUGAUGAGUAUCGUCCACGGACACCGACAGAGGACCAGGUUCGUCGUCCUGCUACAGCCACAGGAGCAGAACUUGGACAGUCUCAGUCGCCUGCUCGCAAGCGCCGCGGUCCCCUGGACGAAUUUCGCCCAUCUCCCCUGCAGCGCGCAUUUACACACGUCGGCGAUAUCUUCCGCGAUGCACACGCUGAGGACUUCGAGCGCAAGACAAAACCUGAGCUUGGUCAUGAUCCUCGCGAUGCGAACAAAAUGGAAGAAGACGACACAGAUGAUGAAUCGGACAAUGACGAGGAGCAGGAAGAGGUUCCAGACGAGAAUGGCAGCGACGGCGCGGAUAGCAGGAACAGCGAUGCAGAACUCGAGGUCGAUAACGAAGUCGAAGACGAUGAGGAGCAAAGUGCGUUGUCACGGAUACGCGAAGACUUUGCAAUCGGUGUGAGUGGUGCACGAAGCGACUGUACACAUCAAGAGUAAUUCAAGCCACAAGCAUAUGGUAUGCUCAACAAUACACGGAUGAAUAAGAACACUGAAAUCAGCGCAUUGAUAAUUUGU